AUUUUCUGUCUGGCCCUAAUUUCGAAAUCCUUGAAGAAUUUUCCCGCUCCUCCUCUGUCAAUCUAAUUCUCAAAUACUUCCCCAACCAGAUCUCGAUUCACUUCACGAUAACUUGCCCAGAUCUUAGUAAAUUCGAACAAUUUAUAUCAAACGUUCUGGUGUCACCAACAAUUGAUAAUCUGGAACCCUAGUUCUCCGACAAUGGGGGAGGUAUCAACAACAAUGAAAAUGGAGGACUUGAUGAACUACAGCAACAACUUGAUAGAAGUGCUGAAAGAAGAGAAGGACGUUGCAAAUCUCAGGCAAUUUCUCCGCCAAGCCAGUGCCCUUCAAUCCCAAUGUGACAAAGACUUCAAUGAAGUUCAGAAAACCAUCGAAGAUUAUGAACAGAAGAUUCAUACUUGCAAGCAGAAAGCAGCAGCAGCAGCAGCUGAGAGCAUUGCUGAUGCGGAACUUGACUCACUCCAGAAAGAGUUGGAAGAGGAGCAAGAUCUAGAACGCCAGCUCAGAGAGGAGCUUAGAGAAAUAGUUAAUGAAAUUGAUGAUUUAGAGCAUAAGAGGGAGACUGUGGAAGAACAAAGACAAACCAUAAAGAAGCUUGAUCAAGAUCAAGUGAGAGAUCAGAUGAAGCUUUCAAUGUAUGCUUCUGUCACAAAUACUAUACCAUACCUGGACAAUCCCUCCAGAAUAUCAGGCCAUAUCGUGGAGAGAGACAGAAAAGUGGUUGAGAAGUUCGAGUUUGAUCCAUCAACGGCCACAACCUUCGAUACUUGCAAUAGUAUCUGGAAGAUGAUAAACUUGGCAUGAUACUGAGUAUGCAAUGUAGUUGCUUGUAGUGCAUAUAUGCAAUUAUUUAGUCUUUUGCUAAGCAGGAAUCGCAACGAUUUAUGGUGAUAACUUGUUUGUUCUUAACUGAGGAUGACUUGGAGAUUGCUUAUUGAAAAUUAAGCAGCAAAAUUUACUUGUA